UUCUGAGGACAGAAGCGUGAUGCUCUCUCCUCGCCAGCCCGAGUCCGGCCGGCCCUUGGUACAACCGGACCCUUCCGACGUGCCCUGCCGUGGGUCCGUGCCCGCCAAACUCGAGGCGGGUCGGGGCAAGGUGCGCCCCGUGUGCGUCCCCGCUCUUAGCAGGGAGGAGAAGAGGCGGCGGAGGCGUGCGACGGCUAAGUACCGAUCUGCGCACGCCACCAGGGAGCGCGUACGCGUGGUGGCCUUCAACGUGGCCUUCGCACAACUGAGAAAGCUGCUCCCGAACCUCCCACCAGACGAGAGGCUGUCCAAGAUUGAGAUCCUGCGACUCGCGAUCUGUUACAUCUCCUACCUCAGGCACGUGCUGGAUGCUGGGGAGGAGCAAUGAGGAGGAUGCAGGAUGUUUGACACCACAGAUGAACGACUCCUGGAUGUUGAUGACUGUAGAUUCUUAGGAAUGCCUCGGGGUCAUGGUCGUCAUGGCACACUGCAGACUGUUAUGUAUCUAGAUGGUGGGAACAUCACAUUACUUUUUUCCAUUUCAUAUUUCGUCAUGGGAGAUAAUAAGGGCCUUUUUUAAUCGCGAUGAACAUGGAUGAAAAGAAUUUAUAUAUUUUGAAUAUAUAUAAAUAUUAUAUUUGUGUAGUCAAACUACACUAAACUAAAACAUGCUUCACCAUAUAUUUGCUGCCAGUUACGUGACUGUUCUAUUUGUAAAUAUAUUUAUUCAUCUACACAGAACAUGUUCUACUGGGCGUCUGCGUUGUGUCUUUAUGUGUGAUUCAGUUGCAGUGGAAACUGAGUCCUUAAACUGGGACAGCUUGAAAAAUAAAAAUAAAACCCU